UCCACUCCACUCCGCCAUGGAUCCGUACAAGUUCCUCGGCAUCUCCCUCAACCCCGACGGCUCCGUCACCCGCGCCGCCACCUUCCCCCUCGUCCCGGCGAGCCCCGUCGAGGGCGAGGAGGUCGCCGGCGCCACCGUCCUAUCCAAGGACGUCCCCCUCAACCCCGCCACCUCCACCUCCCUCCGCCUCUUCCUCCCCUCCGCCGCCGCCGCCGCAAACCCUAACCCCAAGCUCCCCCUCAUCGUCCACUUCCAUGGCGGCGGCUUCGUCCUCUUCGGCACCGCGACCCCCUUCGUCCACGCCUCGUGCGAGCGCCUCGCCGCCGCCGUCCCCGCCGUCGUCGCCUCCGUGGACUACCGCCUCGCCCCCGAGCACCGCCUCCCCGCGGCCAUCGACGACGCCGUGGACGCCCUCCUCUGGGCCCGCUCCGCUUCCUCCGACCCCUGGCUCCUCCGCGCCGACCCCUCCCGCUGCUUCCUCAUGGGCUCCAGCGCCGGGGCCACCAUCGCCCUCCACGCGGCCCUCCGCGCCAGAACCCUAGACCUAGACCCGCUCAAGCUCACCGGCCUCAUCCUAAACCAACCCUUCUUCGGCGGAAACGAGCGCACCGCGUCCGAGAACGCCAUGCCCCACGACAAGGUCGUCCCGCUGGCGGUGGCGGAUCUCAUGUGGGAGCUCGCGCUCCCGGAGGGCUCCGAUCGCGACCACGAGUACGCCAACCCUAGGGAGGAGGGGCUCGAGGGGCUACCCCCGUGCCUCGUGAGGGGGUACAAGGGGGACCCGCUCAUAGAUAGGCAGAGGGUGUUCGCGGGAAUGCUCGGGAGGAGAGGGGUGAGGGUGGUGGCGCGCGUGGAGGGGGAGGGGCACCAUGGGGUCGAGCUCUUCCGUCCGGAGAAGGCCGCGGAGUUCGUCGCCGACGUCGCGAGCUUCGUCCGCCGCUGCCAUGGCGGAGACGGGGAGGAGGAGGAGGAAGACGAUGGUGAUGGCGCCGCACAGCGUCGGGAGAGAUUAUAAUUUAUUUAUUAGGGUCCUGCUUAUUAGAGUUUUCUGCGUCAUUGCGAUUCGGUCCCUCCGUUUUUUUUGUUUUUAAUAAAUAUAAUAAUAAUAAUAAUAAUAAUAAAUCGGGUCCUAAACUCCUAAUCUGAGAUUUCAUAUAUUUUCAUUUAUUAUGUAUUUCUUUUAAAAAAAACAUUAACUACUGUGUAAGCGUGUAGUACUGUGAUUUCCAAUCGUGUAUUCGUGUAGGCAAUUGUGUUGGCCCGCUGGGCCUGGGUCCCCCCUUAUGGAGAAACUAUUGCCUGCACCAGGUGUAUACGUAUACUCCAUACAACACAACGCCCUUUUAAAGAUUUAAUACAAUGAUAUAAAAUAAUGUAACUAAUAAU